AUGGAAGUAUUCUGUCGAAAUGUACCAGGCCAGCUCAAAAAGAGACACCUGGAACAAGAGCUGAGACCCAUCCUGGCUGAGCUCGACAUUGUCUCUUUCGAGUGUCGAGUACACUCCAACGGCCAUGCAACCAUCACCAUUGCAGAUGUCUUCAAGGCACGCAGAUUACUCGACCGAUAUCCUCGCGUAAGGAAAGAUCCACGCCAACAGCUUAAAAUACGCGGCACAAACAUCUUCAUCGAAGAAGGCAGGAACCAACCCGACCCGUUUCUGCUCCAGUCGCUUCAGGAAGAAGAUAAAGAACGUCGCAGUCGACCUCGUCGAUCAAAUUCUAUCAGCAACGAUGCCGACUCUCGAGGGCCCAGGAAGUUCUCCAUCUUUAACCUGUCUUGUGGUACUUUUGAUUUUCGAGGAACCAGUCCGGUUUUCAUUGAACAAUUUGAAAUCCACGCAGCAUCAGGGACGAUUCACUUUGGAUCAAAUAAGCUGACUAUCACAUUGCCCAACCCCGAAGAUGUCUCAAAGAACUUCAAGAUUGAGUCUGAAUACUGGUCCAUUUACGAUGCAAUCUAUGUGAGCGAUCAGGGGCAUCCGACAAUAACCUUUGGCUGUAACUAUGCCCCCCGUUUAUUCGAAGCUCCCAUCAACAACCAGAUGCAGACAACACUGGCUACCUUUAUGAGAGAUCGACGUGCUCCUCCUCCACGCGAAGAAAAGAAGACAAGGAUCGGCUUUCUCAAUCUAUCACACAAAUGCAUCGUCUCCUCUUGCUUCGUGUACCGUGUGACCCUAAUCAACCAGCAGGAUUUUUCCAGUAUCUUGCGUCUUUCACACAAUCCUAAUCUGCCUGAAUUGGUCAGAUGGCGUGAACUGCGAGUGGCUACUCAUCUUUCUUUUACCACUCAGCUGACCAAUUUCUUCUCUGCACUACGUCAGGGGGUCUUUCCGUUUGCUGUACAGUUUCAGCUUCGGAUGUUAGUGUCAAAUGGAGAACUUCCACCGGAGAAAGUGAUAAGUCUUUUCCCUUAUGUGAGAACACUUCUUGCGAGGAAGAGACCUCUGGUGGUAGCCAAGAUUCUUAAAGGCCUUCCGAGAAGACUUCAUCACCCGGACCCUCAUGCUGAUAGUGCCGAUGUGAGUUUGGAAGCUAUCAUUGAAACUCUCAAAGAGAUUGAGGAAAUGCAAGCACUCGAGUACGUGCAGCCUGGACAGCCGGGUUAUCUGCACCACAAUCAGAUGGAGAUACAUAGACUCAGUGUUACACCUACAGGUAUCUACCUUGAUGGUCCAAAUGUUGAAGCUGAGAACCGUGUCCUGCGAAAGUACCGACACCAGAGUGAUUACUUCAUACGAGUUAGAUUCAUUGAAGAAUCCGGGGAUCCCAUGAUGUAUGAUAUCAGUUCGAACCUAGACCGUAUCUUCAAGGACCGAUUUGGUGAGGUACUGAGAGACGGAGUCAUUAUCGCUGACCGCCACUAUCGGUUCCUGGGUUUCUCUCAUUCAUCCCUGAGGUCACGCAGUUGUUGGUUCAUGGCGGAGUUCCACGACUCCGAGGGGCAACUGAUCACCGUGAAUAGUCUUAUUUCGAAACUGGGCGAUUUUAGUCAUAUACGGUCUCCCGCGAAAUUUGCCGCACGACUUGGUCAGACAUUUUCUGAUACACUGACGUCUAUUUCGGUUGACAGGGACAUGGUCAAGAGGAUCGAUGAUGUGGAAAGGAAUGGGAGAGUGUUCAGUGAUGGAUGUGGCACGAUCUCGAAGGAAGUUUUGUGGAGGAUUUAUCGUGAUUAUCCACGCAAUGCUGCAGUUCGUCCUACGGUGUUUCAAGUGAGGAUUUCAGGAGCCAAAGGAAUGCUCUCCCUGGACCCCAGACUCAAAGGCCCGACGAUUUGUCUGCGAGAUUCAAUGAUCAAAUUCCGCGCAGAAGCAGACCACAACAUCGAGAUUUGUGGCUCCGGCAUCCACAGCUUGCCCUGUUACUUGAAUGCACCGCUAAUCAAGAUCCUCGAAGAUCUUGGUGUAGCCCGUGAUCUAUUCCUUGAGCUGCAAAGAGAGGAAGUACAAAAUCUCCGGCUGGCAAUACGUUCGCCCCGGCAGGCGGCUAGCUUCCUCGACCAGGCUCAUAUCACGAAGUCCACUCGUUUAUCCUGGUUGAUUACAGUGCUGCAAUCGAUGGGACUGAACUAUAAUCAAGACAAGUUUCUCAAGAGAGCUGUGGAGCUCGUGAUUCUCAUGAAACUGAGAGAUUUGAAAUACAGAGCCAGAAUUCUCGUCCCUGAGGCUGUUACACUGUACGGUAUCAUGGACGAGACUGGUUAUUUGCAAGAAGGUGAAAUAUUUGUCCCGAUUCUGAAUGAAGUGACGAAACGACGAAACAUCCUCGUUCAAAACAAGGUACUCAUCACGAGAUCUCCCGCCUUCCAUCCCGGUGACGUCCAAAUGGUCAAUGCCGUCAAUGUCCCAGAAGCCUCUCCACUACGCAAAUUGCACAAUUGCGUCGUGUUUAGUCAGAAAGGUGAAAGAGAUCUUCCCAGCCAACUCAGUGGUGGUGAUUUGGAUGGUGAUAUUUUCAAUAUCAUCUACGAUCCACGAUUCCGUCUUCAACGGCUGGCUAGACCGGCUGAUUACCCCCGCGCUCCCGGCACGGUCUUGGAUAGACCGGUGCAAAUGGAGGAUAUUCAGAAAUUUUUCAUUGAAUUCAUGCAGCAGGAUCAAUUGGGUCGUAUAGCGACUACGCACAAGAUUCUUGCGGAUCAGCAAGCAGCUGGGACCUUCGAUCCGAAUUGCUUGACGCUUGCGCAUUUGCAUUCGACGGCUGUGGAUUUUUCCAAGACCGGGACUCCAGUCGACAUCAAACAAAUCCCCAAAUACCCUCCCUACCGACCCGAUUUCAUGGCCCCAGGGCCUCGCGUCCGAGUAGCCGAAAGUAUCGAAGUCCUCGACGACGGCAGAGAACACAUCUGGGACGACGGCGGAAGUAUCAUUGAUGACGACGACGACGUCCGCCCACCACUCCGUUACUACAAAAGUCAGCGUGUAUUAGGUGCCCUGUAUCGAACAAUAAAUGAGCGAGACUUCAUACGCGAACUGGAAUGGGAUUCACCAAAUCACCAACAACAGAAGCAGUCCUCAAAAUCGGUGAAUGUCUUAGCUGCUGUGUGGGAGUAUGUUAAGUGUGAGACGGCUGGGUUUUUGUGGGACCAUUGUGUGAAGGAUGCUUAUUAUAUCCGAGAUGUCUAUGAAGACAGUAUCCAAGACCUCAUGUACCAAUACUCCGACGCACCAUGGAAAACUUGCCUGACCGAAGUAGAAGUCUUCAUUGGCAAUAUCAUGGGUCAAAAUCACAAACAAACCGCAUAUCAGAAAGAGUCUUCCAGGGCAAUGCGCGAUGCAUACGAUGACCUCGUCAAAUGGACCAUAUCCUUGAUUACAGGCCGUGGAACUGAGAAUGAAGGCGAAUCUCUCGAGCGUUCCGUGGCAUGUUUCUGGGUCGCUCUGGAGGAUACGCGGCAAAAGAAGUCUUCGGUACUGCCAGGGCAGAAGAAACUGGAUAGUUAUGCGUGGGUUGCGGCGGUGACUUGUUUGCAUGAGAUUGAUAAGUUGCAGAGGAGUAUGCCUUUUUGAGAGAGGAUACAUAGGGGUAGACCAGGUGCUUUGCAAUACUGUGCGCGGAGGUGGAUGACUGUAUGAUUAUUUUAUUAUUAGUGGGCAAAGGCGUACCUAAAUAGGAGG